GUAAUUUUCGAUAGCCGCCGGUGGAGACCCUCUUGCUUGGUCCGUUCCCACCGGCCGGCCGUCCACCUUGCUGCUGCUUCGUGCAUUUUCUCCUGAAAAAGACGACAAAGGCCUCCUAGAGCCGAGGCCGGCCAUGUCUGAUCCAGCUCAGCAAGAUGCCCCAGGGACGGGACAGGAAGGAGGUGAAAAUGCUGGGGGGGGCCCUGGUGCACCUCCAAAUAUGACCAGUAAUUGGCGCCUGCAACAGACUCAAGCACAGGUGGAAGAAGUGGUGGAUAUUAUGCGUGUGAAUGUGGAUAAAGUUUUGGAGCGAGAUCAGAAACUCUCAGAAUUAGACGAACGAGCAGAUGCUCUCCAAGCUGGUGCCCAAGUAUUUGAAAGUAGUGCAGCAGCGCUCAAGAGGAAGUAUUGGUGGAAGAAUUGUAAGAUGAUGAUCAUGCUGGGAGUGAUCUGUGCCAUUGUGGUCAUUGCAAUUGCACUUUACUUUUUUUCCUGAGAAUGUGUCCCUUCCCCCUUUCCCCACCCAGUCUAUAUAGCCUUCUUACCCCAUUUCCCUUUCCAGACCCAAUUCUUCGUUCUCUUUCCUUUCUGGCUUUGUCAUCGAUUUUCUGUUAGUUUUUUCUGUUUGCUUCCAUUUGAGACUGUAACGCACCGUUACCAGAUUUGAGUUGACCUCCUUCACAGCUGCUGCAGCCUCUGAGUGGACCAGCUCGUUUUUGGAGGGUGGCAGUGGGCCUAAGGGGAGGAACUGUGGAGAAUUGAAGGAGUCUGUUGAUUAUACCUAGGGUUUCACUUGCAGUCUGAGAUAGCCUUGAGUCUUCUGAGAUGUCUUCUCCCGUGAGUCUAUAGGAAAGCAUUUCCUUUAGCCACAAACAGUAUUAUUAAAAACUUCACCAGAAUAGAGAGAAGAAAAGUUGGUUCUCAUUAUAGUAGUGAUACUGGUAUUGUGCCAUGCAACCAGAACUGAUGGAGUUUUCUCUUAGAUUUUAAUAUAAACUCCUGUUGUUGCUCUGGUGACCAAAACUCUGAUCUUAUGAUGACUGCCAGCCAUCCUUUACUGUUUCAUUACUUGGAUUUAGUAGAAAAGUUACUGGUUUGAUUCAUUAACCUUGACUCCAUGAACAAGUCUGCCUUUAUUCCCAAUACUGGCAGAAUUAGAGGUUAGAUGAAUAAUAUGGCACAUGGGAUUAGGAUCAUUCUAGUGUACUGCCUGAAGUCCCAUCCCCCUUGGUCUCAAAGGCUAGGUGGCUUAUUUGACUAAAUUAACAGAUACGGGAGGGUUUCACUGAAUUGGAAAGUCCCUGUACUGCUUGCCCCUUAGUGAAUAGUAGGCGUAGGAACUAUGUCCUGGAAACCUCUGCAGUAUAUUUAGAAGUGUUUCCUUUUAAAAGCAAUGUGCUAUAAAGUGAGGACCCUUGCCGGUUUCAUGACUUGGAAACAGCAAUGCAGAAUGCCAAGAAUUCUGGAAUAACGCAUUAAUAUUUUCUUGAUGUGCUGUUUCUCACCACAUUUACUUUCAGGUCAUCCCUUGGAGAUGGUUGUCAGAAUAUACAGUGACACGUGUAGGUGAACUCAUGCUCAUUUAUUCCUCUGUUGAAUAAGGUGUCAGACUCCAGGGUGGAAGGAGUACAGAGAGUGGUGAAUAUGAGUUUAAACAUGCUGAAGAAUGGUAGUUUUCCUGAUUCCAGUCUGGUAAAACUGAUAAAACGAUGAGGGUUAACUUGGUAAGAGGCCUUGUUGUAGUGUCCGUAGUUGACCAGAGAAUAUUGUUGCAGGGGCUCAGAUGCUGUAAUGCUCUGACAGGACUGAUCAACUGGUGGCCACUGGGCUUAUUUUAACCUCAGACCAAUUUUAUCGCACUCCUAAACAUUUGUUCUGGCUGUGCUAGGAGUAACCCUACUUUCACCAUAGCAUGCUGCAGAGGUGCUGAUUUUUUGCAUGUCCACUGCCAUGCACCAGCAUUUCAUUUGCAGAGUCCAUCUGUUUGCCAAUCCCCAUCUUGUUUUCCCCUUUGUGGGGACAUGAUGGAGGAGAACAGGAAUGGAGUUCCCAUCUUCUCUGGACAAUUCUCUUCCUAUUUCGGUGGGACUGUGUUGAUGGAAGUGCAACACCUGAAGAGGAGCCCGGGCACAAGGUGUGAUGCUGCUGUCAGUAUGAGAGGAAGCACAGUAAGGUGGUACAGCCCCUUCUUGAUUUCUUCUGGACAAGAUCUUGGUUUAAUCUGCUGCCGUAUUGUUUUGAGAGAAGGCCACUAGGCUGCUUUCUUCUGCUUUUCUUGUCUGUUUUCAUAGAUGUUGUAUGUUACGCUUCUUCCCUUUCUAUCUCCCUACUUCUCCAUCUUUAUGCAUGGGCAAACAGUACCCCAUUUCCCUAGGCCCUCUUUGCCUAAACCAAGGGACUACUUUCUCUAUGCACAGGACUUCAGCCGCUUUCUCACACAUGUGUGGUAUGUUCUUGUGAGGAAUGCAGCCAUAAUGUUCUUCUGGCAUGUGUAACUACCAGCUCAUGUUAACAGUCUCCACUAGCAAAUACUUUUUGACCCACUAAAAUGACUGGGGUUCAUCUGUCUGAGUACUGGAGGAAACAGCAUUCUACUUACAGGUAGUAAAGCGGAAGAAUGUAGACUGAAAUAAGAGUACUAAAACAAUAUUGUCCAAAUAUGUGUAACCCAAUGUGAGAUGGAUCACAAGUGUCCAACAUGGCAUCUAGAUAUAGACAGAUAGAUGCAGGAGGGCUGGCAAACUUGAUCUUCACCCAUGUGGAUUCUUGUUGAUUGCUGCAUAAAACAGGCUGCGUGCUGGUUUAACUAGUUGAUAUGUACAAUUGCACAACGGGAUGUUGCACUGAACAUCGAGUAGAUGAGCAGCGUUUGUGCUUAAUUUGGACUUGAAAUGCCCUUGUGGAAUUUUAACAGAAUUGGCUGCAGUUAAGAGCAGUGGAAGGCAAGAUCUUUGGAAGAAUCCUGAGCGAAGGCAGCCUUUGACUAGGGUUUAACAAAUAUCCCUUCCCCACCUUUUUUGGGUUUUGCCUAAUCUGCCUCUCCUGUUUAAUCCCC